AUGCAAGAAAUGGACGUUCUCAUCCUCGGAGCCGGCUGGACGUCGACAUUCUUGAUACCGCUGCUGAAGGCACGCCAUAUAACGUUCGCCGCCACCACCACGGAUGGAAGAGACGGCACUAUCAAGUUCAAGUUCGACCCUUCUGAUCCGGAUCCUAGCUACUUUAAGACUCUGCCUGCUGCUCGCAACAUCCUGAUCACUUUCCCACUCAAUGAAAAAGGCCAGGCUCACAGGCUGGUGUGGUCGUACAACUUUACACAUCAGCACCCAGCAGCCAACGUUCGAUUCCUGCAGCUUGGAUCCACCGGCAUCUGGCAAAUUGAUCAAAAGGCGACAUGGGUCGACCGACACUCGCCUUACAACAAGGAGAACGCCCGAGCAAUCAGUGAGGACGAGCUGAUGUCUAUGGGCGGGUGCGUACUCAACCUUGCAGGAUUGUGGGGUGGAGAGCGACAGCCAAAGAACUGGGUUGGCAGGGUCGCAACCACCAAGGAUCAGGUCAAGAGCAAGAAAAGCUUGCAUCUGAUUCACGGCGAGGAUGUGGCACGAGCAAUCCUUGCAAUCUUUGAGAAGUGGGAGCAUGCCAAAGCAUCAGGCUCACGUUGGAUGUUGACCGAUGGCCAAGUCUAUUGUUGGUGGUCGCUCAUGGCAGGAUGGGCCAAGGAAGGAAAGCACGUCGACGAACAGCCCAGCAAGCAAAGUCGAUGGGUCUAUGAGUUGAUGCAGGAAGAGGACGUCAAAGCAUUGCCUAGAGAUAUGGAGACACUAGGCAGGUGUUAUGACAGCCGCGAAUUCUGGAAGACCUUCGAUCUUACACCCCUCAGGAGCAGGAUCUAA